AUGGAUCCCUUAUCAAUCAUAGCCAGCAUUGCUGGUAUAGCGACAGCAGGAGCGCAAUUGUCUAGUACCCUUUUCCAUGUCUACAAAACAGUCCGUCAUGCUCCGCAAGAGAUUCAGUCUGCCGCGAUUGAGAUGUCAAAUUUGUCUGUCACACUCGAACAUCUCCACGAUAUCCUGAAAACAGGAAAAUCGUACGCAAAAUCAUCAUUCUUCGAUGCUGUUAGACAUGUCGUCAAAAACAUCGAGGCAACUCAACAAGAGAUCUUCAAGAUGGUCGCGGACAACGCCAUCAGUGUCAGAUUAAAAUGGCUUAAGGCUCGGAAGUACUUGUCUGAAAUUGACAAGCAAAAGGUCACUUUGACGCUGCAGAUUACUAUCCUCUCUGCGGCGAUUUUGGUCAAGUCCGAAACUAAAUCGUCUUCAGUACAAGAGAAAGUCGACAACAGAUUCAGAAUACAAGCUGAGAGUCUGAUCCAAACUGGCCAAGCGUCACUUCAAAGAGACAGCAUGCAACAGCGUCAAAUACCUCGGCCCCCUCCGGAAAGGGCACCAAGUCCACCGGUUCGCACCGCCAAAAGGCUCCCAAGUCCAGUCCGUCAGUCCUCUAUCCCUGGUCAUGUAAGGCCUGAAGAGCUAUAUGGACAAUCGAGCACGACUGGAGAUAACUUUGAUGUUCCGAAACAGGACGAGGAGACCAAUUCCGCUAUGGUUAGGCGCGAAAGAACGCGCGAAAGCGCAUGCCCACCUAUCCAUACCUAUGCUACGUUUGAAGGUGACACACAGGAAUAUGAUGGUGAAGAUUGGGAAUAUCAAGAUCGUCGCGGAAGAAGAGAAGGGUAUGAUCCGCUCGCUGGCCGAGUUGCUCAAUUUGGCCAACAUUUUCAUUUGCAAGGCGACGCAGCCACGUUUCUGUACAAGCUUGUCUUUAUGACAGAGAUGGUGAAUUACGGAACGACCCCUAAGGCUCCCAGUUCUUCCGGCGUUACUCGAGGAAGCUUGCACGUUGAAUCGUAUUACUCCGAUAAUGACUACUCAGACACGGAAAACUUUGACACGGGAGAGGAUUAUAUGCCCUAUGGGGAUGAAUCGAAAGUCCCUUCAAGAUAUGUGUACCGAAGACCCGAGGAGCCUGCAAGAGUGGUCAAUCAACUCCUUCUAGCCUGGACAUCGCUGAGUCAGAGUGAGAUUGAGAAAGGUGUCAAGGAUGCGCAACCAACCGCAACACAGAGUUCUGCUCCUAAGCAUGCCUAUGUUGAGAGUGACGAUGAAAGCGAAGACGAACAUGUGAAGGGUUCUCAGGGAAGAAGCAACUGGCCCCAUCAAGAAGAAGACUCAGGGCCUCACUAUGUGAUCCACGAGGGUCGCAGGGAAGAGACACCACGAGCAAAUAGUCCUCGCCACGUUAAAAUUCGUCCUCUCGGACAGACGAAUAGGCAUCAUUUUCAGCCAGAGACGACAGCCCCGUACGACCCACGGAUGGCUCCUUUCAACUAUCAACAGCCUAACCAACAGCUUUACGAUCCUUGGGGUUACCCGUAUGAAGCUCCAAAUUGGGAGCCUGCAACAACACCACCUCACCCACCAAUAGAAACGGUCAACACACAACAAGAAACUCCUCCAAAAGAAUCUCCGAAACCCAAGUUUCGCAAACCGCAUGUCGUUGUGCUCCCACAAGCAGAUGCGGCCGAUUCAGAAAUUGGAACUAUGACGCCCAAGCUUUACGUUUCGCGGUGUCUGAAGAUAAGCAUUGUGAAACAGGGUGACGAUGCUAUUUGGAACUCGGACAAUUAUAAUUCCAAAAACAGUAUACCUGGGAAAUCAAUUAUGGGGGCACUCAUCGGAGACAAGACAGCCAGAAGUCCCUAUGGCCUUGAUCUAGCACAUACGUUGAUCCAAGGCCAGAAUAUGAAACUAGUAUACAUACGAGGAAAUGACCUUGGAGAAACUUGGUUCAUCAACGAACAGCCAGUCUUCCUACAAUUCCUUCAUUGUGCAUAUCUUCCGCAGUUCUCUCCCGCGAAAGAAUCUGAUAUUACAGCUAUGAAGCAGGAGUAUGUGGCCGUAGGAGAGGAAUGGGCCAGUGUUGAAGCUCUUAAUCAGUUGGGACUGCCCGCCAAAGGAAGGGAAGAAGGCAGAGUACUGUUAGAUCCAAGUACAACAUGGUCCAUGGUUAAAGAACUCGCCAUCACGACGCUGCAGCUGAGAAGUAUGAGGCAACGGCGUCUUUAUACCUCGACAUUUUACAACUCGACAGAUACUUUUCAACAGAAGCACUGCGGAGCAAUUUCAGAGCCAUCACUUGUCACUGGAUAUCCCAAUGGCCUGCAUCAUCUUGCGUUAAGAACUGAAGCGGUGGUGGACCUUGAAGGCGACAAACCUGAUAUCUUCAAGUUCCUGGUGAAAGACGAAGAGAAGAUCGAAGACGUCGUCAAGAGCCAAGAGGAAGAAACAAAGGAUACUCGGCCACAGAUCGCCAUCACACCGCCACCUUCACCACGAGAGCCUUCUUCUCCAGAACUUGAUACAAGUGAUAUGAGUUCGACAUCUACUUCAAGGUCACGUUUCUCUAGGUUCGUGAAACGCUAUACAUCCGGGCGUAAGCAUGAUCAGUUGUCACCGCCACUGCAGCGCUAUGGGUCCAAAAACAGCGGCAAUGAACCUGCGAUAGAGGAGUUAGAAGACAAUGAGAAGAGACCGGCAACACCGGCGGACUCUGGCGUUGGAAGCUCAGUCAAUUGA